AUCAUCAAAAUCAAACUGUGGGGCGACGCAGUUUUUUAUCAUCUAUUAAUCCCCGCGCACGCAUUAACAGUAUCGACAAGUAUGUACAUACACUGAAAUGUAGAAUCGUGAAAGGAGGAUGAUAGACGAGGAUCCUUUCGUUUUAACACCUGGAAGAUAUACAACGAGUCCCGCGGAGAAGACGUUUCGUCGACGUUUUAUAUUCCUGCCCGUAAAGAAAGGACCUUGGGAGCACGGAAGAUCAAGAGUAGUAACGAAUACUCCCACCGCCGUUGAGCACUCUCGCCUGUACUUCGAUGCAUAAGAACUCCCGUGGUUGCCCCUUCCUCACCGGAUUCUGUGCGGAAGGUCCGAUCCUUGGACACUUUCUUAUAAAUAAAGAGACGCGCACGAUGCUGAACACAAUGGUGCAGAAAUCACGAUUCCUGUACAAGCCGUACGCGCUGGCCAUCGUUUCAGUGGGAUACGUGCUCGGGGAGCUAGGUCAUUAUUUAAUUGGUGUCACGAGCAAGGCGACAGCGGAGGAUUUACACUACGGCGAUAUUUCCUGCCAAUUAAACUCGACCACGUUAUCGAUCAUACAAUUACCGAUUCAAUGCGAGGAGGCUAACAACGAAAGUCUCUGCGUGUCCUUCGAAUUGAAUGGAACACGGUACUGCGAAUGGAAUUACAACGGCCUCGGUCUCGACUAUCAAAUCCUGGCCGGUCCAAGUUUCAUCGCCGUGUUCACGAUCGUCGGAGUUGCUCUAGGCGUCGCCGCUGAUAAAUACAAUAGAGUAAGAUUAUUAACGAUAUGCACGGUGGUAUUCAGUGUCGCAAUCGUUCUAAUGGGAGCGGUCAAAGAAUACUGGCAGCUGGUCGUUCUACGUAUGGUUCUAGCGGCAGGGGAAGCGGGAUGCAACCCUCUGGCCACGGGCUUGCUCUCCGACUGGUUCCCGGAGAAGCAACGAGGCCUCGUUAUGUCGAUAUUCAAUUGGGGCAUUUACGGUGGCUAUGGAAUCGCAUUUCCAGUCGGUAGAUACAUUCCAAAUCUGAACAUCGGAGAUCUGGGCUGGAGAGCAUGUUACUACGGAGCUGGGAUAAUCGGGCUGAUCAUAGCUGCUCUCACUUUCACGCUUUCCGAGCCGGAAAGAAAAUCGACGGCCACCGAUGGAACGGACACCGCCGGCGGCGACGUAAAGAAGACGCGUAUCUGGAAGGUGAUCCUGCAACCAAGGAUCAUAAUGUUGUGCUUGGCCGCCAGCAUCAGACAUUGCGGUGGCAUGUGUUUCGCGUACAAUUGCGAUCUCUACUACAGGGAUUACUACCCCGAUUACGAUUUAGGCUGGUGGCUGUUCGCGGUGACCAUAGUGAUCGGUAGCAUCGGCGUUGUAGUGGGUGGCGUAAUCAGCGACAAGUUCGUAGCGAAAAUGGGCGUUAGGUCGCGAGUGGCCUGUUUAGCUAUCAGCCAAAUAAUCGCGACGCCGUUCGCAUUCGGCUCGGUAUACUUCACACCCCUCUGGGCUAUGAUAACGCUUGGAAUUUCUUAUUUCUUCGCCGAAAUGUGGUUUGGAAUCGUGUUUGCGGUAGUCGUAGAAAUAGUUCCUCUGCACCUCAGGUCGACCACCAUCGGUGCUUUCUUGUUCGUCAUGAACAAUAUCGGCGGCAAUUUACCAAUAUUGGUCGAGCCGACCAGGCGAGCCAUCGGCUUCCGAGGAUCUCUUUACAUUUUCUACGCUGGCUUCUACGGUAUCAGCUCUAUCAUGUUCUUCUUCACCAUGUUCUUGAUGGACGGAGGAGCAGGUGCCAAACAAAAGGUCCAGAAGCCGACGAAAGACGAGAUCCAUAGGAAACCGGAAUUUGGAUACGAUAACGAUACGUUUACGAACGACGAAGGUCGGAUCCCGACCUUGGAACUCCCGCGAUUGUAUCCGUCGCCACCUCAUCGUGCUCAAAAUUCCAGAUUAUAACAACGUGAAUUUAUUCCCAAAACUACCUCCCUGUACAUUCCCUAAUAAAAGCGACAGUAGGAUAAGAA